AAACAUCUUGGAAAGAUGUCAUCAUCUUUUAGGACACUGAUGAGUAGUGGUGUGAAGGUUAAACUCUUGUUUUUUGCCAAAGCAAGAGAGUUGGUUGGUGUAACAGAAACUGGACUAGUGGUACCAAAUGGACUCUACACCCAGAAAAAGUUACUUUCCAUCAUUGUUGAAACAUUCCCAGUGCUUUGUUCUAUUCAAGGAAACUUCAUUGUGGCUCUGAAUGAGGAGUGCAUGGACCAAUCUCAAAGUAUAGAGCUCAAGGAGGGAGAUCAGCUUGCAGUGAUCCCACCAUUAAGUGGAGGCUAAACUGACAAAAGGUUUAAGGAAAACGGAAAGCUGUACCUUUUUUUAUAUAUAUUGUUAGGAAACAGUAAAUUUAUAGUAAUUGAAACAUGGAUUAUGUAUCAAUUUCUAAACAGGAAAUCAGUGUGGAAGA